AUGUACAAAGGGAAAAGAAAGUACAUUGAAAUUUGGCAGAAAGUUGAAAUUGCUGAAUUUUACAUUCAACACCAAAAUGAGAUGAGCAUGAGAGAUGUUGCUGCAAAGUUUCAUGUCAACUCCUUUAGCUCGAUUUCCGAAUGGGUGAAUAAGCUUGAUGAGUUGAAGAAAUCAGUAAAAUCUGAUAAAAAAUUAAAAUUAGAAAGCUUCACUCAAUUUCCAGAGCUAGAGAAAGAAACUAGUUCAUUGGUUUACUGCAAUCCGUGAGCAAGGUAUUCAGGUUCUCAGAUCAACGAUUGAGGAGAAAGCAAAAAGUUUGGCGGCAGAAAUGGGAUUGGCGCGAUUCGGCUGUGGAGAUAA